CCCACGCUGUAGCCUCACCGGAUGCUCUCGUUGCUUCGGCUGUAGAAUGCCAAAAGCUGCGGGCGCGGUGCCAAAGGGAUGGCAGGGCCAGACCAUCUAUCUCCAUGCGCCCUCAUAUUCCAAGCAGCUCGCCCAUGACAAGCUCACGGCACUCGUAUGCCCGAGAUCUGCCCUGGGCCCGGAUGUCCAGGUCUACAAGACCGUCGGACCCUACACCAAUGUCAAGAUCACCCCAGUCUCUGACCCUGCCCAUCCAGCACAUGGGCAGCACGCCCUCUGCGCUAACCAGCAGCUCUCGCCAGGCGCCUUUAUCCUGCCCUACCUGGGCUAUGUCCACGACCAGCACGACACCAACGAGACGUCGGAUUACGAUCUUUCGCUAGACCGCGAGUUGGGGAUCGGCGUCGAUGCUUCCAGCAUGGGCAACGAAGCCCGCUUUAUCAACGACUAUCGAGGCGUGGCGGCCGCACCAAAUGCCGAGUUUUGCGACAUCCAUGUGGAUAUUGGAAGCGGCAAAGUAGAAAAGAGAGUCGGUGUCUUUGUCCUUGGUGCUGGCAAAAGCGGAAAGAGAGCAAAGGGCAUUCCCCGUGGACAUGAGAUCCUGGUCAGCUACGGUAAAGGCUUUUGGUCGGAGCGACAAGCGACUGGCGAGUGA